ACCAGCCGCGGAGUGGCACGCGUUUGGUGUCGUGGUUGUGAUUCGGUUUGCAACGAUAGUUGAGAUUUCAAGUGGAAACAGCGGCGGAUUUGAAGCGUCGUUUCACGGUUUACGAGGAAGCUUUUUGGGCAGGUUCGCCUGACAUUGUGGACGGCUCCAGAUCUGAGGGAGGCUUUUUGAGUUUCCGCCGCGAUGGAUGAGGCGGUAAAUCCUUUGGAGAGAGACCACUUCCUGUCUGUGCUCCUGCCAGGGGGACUGGAGAGGAACGCCACGGUGCACGGAAGCAAACCAGUAAUGGACUUACUGGUGACCCUUUGUGCAAACUACCGUCUGAAUCCGUCCGACUACACCGUCGAGGUUCUCUCACGGAACAAGAACAACAUCAGCUUCAAACCCAACUCUGCCAUUGGAUUGCUGGAAGCGGAAACCAUCGUGCUGAAGCCCAAAGCCACGGAGGAAAAGAUCAAGAGGCCAUACAUGCCUGAGGCGUCUGUACGUCUGUUGAUCAACUACAACAAGUCCCACAAGGCCGUGGUGCGAGUGAAUCCCAGAGUGCCCCUCGAAAUGCUGCUGCCAGCCGUGUGCGACAAGUGUGAGCUUCCAGUGGAGACCACCGUCCUACUGAGGGACUCUGGGUCCGGAGAGCCGCUGGAUCUGACGGAGAGCCUGAAUGACCUCGGGCUGAGGGAGGUGUUUGCCAAAGACACCGCGGGAAAAGAGCAUGCUGAGCUCCGGCGCAGACCCAACACACCUGAACCAGACCUGCCAAAGAAUGAGAAGAAACCGAAGGGCCACACGGGGUUCCUAAGCCUGUUCAGACGAAGGAAGAAAAACGGCGAAGCGAGGGGGGCAGGGAGCGUCCCAGCUUCUCCGGGCCUCCGAGCACGAACCGAAGCGUCCUCUUCUAACAACCUGCCGGCAGACACGGCCAUGAAGAGACGAGCCCCUCAGCCGCCCAUGUGCGCCUCCCAGAGCGUCCCGAGCAACCUCAGCACCUGCCACGCCGGAGGGUCACAGAUGUGUGCAGAAGACACCUUAAGGAGGACCAGGAGAAGGGCACCGCCCCCUCCCUGUGCAGACACAGAGGCCAAAGCCGAGGUCAAAGGGGCAGAAGGCUCCCUGAACCCUGCCGAGGAGCUGAGACAAUGUGACGAGUCCGACUCGAUGAACCUGUCACUCUCACCAUCGUCCUCAUCACCACAUCCCCAGUGCUCCUCGUUCUCCUCGCGGCCCAUGUUUGCUCAUCUCCACGAGGGGACCCGACCUUCCUUUCGAGAGAUGAAUCUGUCCGACGCCCGCUGCGCUCUCGCCAAAGUCUUGACAUCGUCCGUUUCCAAAGCAACUCUGCGUUUGAAGAACUCCGCCACCUUCCCAAAGUUCUCCAACGUCUCCUCCUUCAUGACCCCCAGGUGUUCAGAUAGCAAGCCCCACGGGGCAGAACUCGAGCCUGUCCUGACGUCCGACCUCCCCACCGAGCACGAGGCACCCGCGCAGAGGAAGGGGAUGACCACGUUCAAGGUGGUUCCCUUGAUGACGGCGAAGGCCCGCGAGCCAGAACUCGAACCGAACCAGAUGAGGGGAGGCGACGACCCCGAGAGCGAGGCUUCUCCUGAGGCCGAGAGGAACCCGACGGAGGCUGGGGGAGAUCCACCAUCACCUGACGAAUCAGAGACUCAAACACCUUUGCAGAGUCCAGAACCCUCGUCUCCUGAGACUCUGCCGCCCCCUCAGCCAGCGCAGGAUGUAGACGACCAGGAGAAUCAAGGCUCGCCUCGGCCCGAGGACGGCGGCAUCGUCGAAAAGCCAACGGAAGAGGGUGAACCCGAAGAUCAAUCUGGGGUGGCGCCACCGGACUGCAGGGAUGGAGAACUUCCCAGUGAGGCUCAGGAAGAUCCGGCUGAGUGCCAAAGCCCCAGUGGAGAGCCUGCAAGUGCAGACAUGGAGGAGACGGAAGCUGAGGAGGAAGUGAUACCAGAAAAGGAAGAACAGGACCUCUUCCCUCCUCCCCCACCGCCCAUCUUUUUCGAUGAGCACAUGGAGGAGGGCGAAGAUACCACGGCUUCCUCUUUGGCAUCUCCUCAGCCAGCGAGUCCCACCUCCUCCGGCCCCUUGCGAGGAUUCAGCGCGCACCGCCGCCACGCAGCGGCACCAGAGCCUUCGGGCACAAAGGGUGCGGCCCCAUCCCGCUUUGCGCAGGCGGUGGCGUUGGCUGUGCAGAGGUGCCGUCUCCAGAGUGGUGGGAAAGCUUUAGACCCCCCGGAGCCCGGCGGUCCGCUCCCCUGAGCGCCCAUGUCCGCGCACCAAUACGGUGCCUCAGCGGCUUCUUCCCACGUCUUUUGAGGACACCACGCCACUUCCGGAGAACUUGGACAAAAGGCCAGCUGGAUCAUUUCGGGGGAGGCGGGGGAGAUGGAGAAGGACUGCAACUUUCUAUGUAUUAUUUGUAAUUUUAUGAAAGACACCUUGUUGUCCAGUUUUUACGUUUUGAACCUCAAAGCUUGGAACAUUUUCUGUUGUCAAUCAAGCCAUAUGUACAGGACUUGGGUUGUUGAAGGGACAGCGUUCCUGUUUUAUUUCUUCACUUCCUUUUUGAGUUUUCACUGAAGUUGUGCCAAGGGGCGGACCCAGCGCUAAAGGAAGAGCUUUUUAUCUUUCUUUUUUUUUUCUUAUUUUCCCUUCUGAAAGGCCCAUUCUGUGUUAGUUAGUUGUAUGCUUUAAGACAAGGAUGCAGAAAAUCGUUUUCUUUUGCAACCACCAGGUGGCAGAAGAGCAUUGUUUCUAAAUAUACAAUGUACACACAAUGCGAGAUUUCUGAGAUUCAUCAUAUGAGUUCUGAUGGACACAUCUUUUAAAAAGUACCCUGUUUUUUUUCUAAUGUGCUCUUUUAAUACGUUCUAAUAUUCCCUUAUUCUAAAGACUGUCCAUUUCUAUUUCCCCAAAAUACAUUUAUUUUUAUUUUCUUACCGGACCAUGAGAAUUUCCUGCACAUCCGACAUCAACAACUGAUGUUGGAAGCAUCAGUUUAACGCCAACCAUCCCGACGCCUCCCUGAAUAAACUCCGUCCACUUUGUGCACAAACACACACACACACACACACACACACCUCGGGGCAACACUGCACAGCUAUACUCUGGUGCCAAGAAGAAGUCUGCUACAAGUAUCGAUCCGGCCCUGGCCUUGGGAGCUGUGCGAGGUAGAGACCCAGCCAGAACCGCCCGUGGCGAAAGCGCCACGUUUGCCAGGCCUGGACUGAGUGGGCUCGCUUCAAGACUCCCUC